UGUAUUCUUGUUUGACACUAGUCACACACUUGCCACAAACCCAGACACUACCAAUUUAUUAUUCCAAUUAUUUUUUCUGUUUGCCGUUUCAAUUUCCACUCGCAAUGAAUAAUUAUAGGACGAAGCGCUCGAUCAACCGGAACAAGUACUCCGGAAACCACGAGGAUCUGCUGGACGCCGGCGACAUGACGGCCCCCAAGCAGAGCCUGAUGUCGCUCCCCUCCACGACCUCGUCCGUGCGCAGUGAUAACCCUCCUAAAGCAAAUAAGCUGGCACGCCCCCAACCAAAGAACGGGACGCCCGCAGUCCGCAGCAAGGCCGAGGGAGCCAGGACAAAAGUCACUCAAAACACAGUCACCUUGUGCGUGACCCAAGACGACGAUCCACCAGCAGCACCAGCUCUGCCAAAGGAGCGCGUCCUACGCGCCAAACGCAAGCCUAUCGAGACUUGUGACCGCAUCACCGAAACCAUGGAUCGCUUGCGAAGCCAAUCCAGUGGCGAAACCCUCCAGCUGGACUGUGUGACCAAUCGGGAAAGGGUCGAUGCUGCCGAGAAGGAAAUGUUGCCGGCACUCAAAUUCGAGGAUCUCAAUCGGUUGAUCAAGCGAAAAGGUAUGGGUUUGGGUUCUAUAGUCAGAUGUAGGGAUAUACCUUGUAUAUAUGGGAUGCCAUGGGGUUCCACUGACUGUAGC